AUGGAUGAAUCUUCAUCCCUCGAUGCUUUAGCUGGCCUUCUCGAACAACUUGCAGAUAACCCCCGCGACUUCUCUGUGCAUGUUCAGCAUAUUAGGCUUGCCAAGUCUCUCGAAGGAUUGGAAGCAGAAGCAGCAUCAGCAUCAGCUCUGGAAAUGUUCACCAACUGCUUUGCAGCCGGGGAUGAGGUUUGGCUGGAGCUACUCGAUAUAAAGGAGCGUUCGGUCAACCUGGACACGGUAAAUGGUAUUGAAGAAAUUCUUGCCCUAUACCAACGCGCUGAGGCAGAUUAUCUCUCUAUCCCGGUGCUCAAACGCCACAUAGAGUUUAUUCUCCGUCGAUAUGAACACUAUUCUGAUGAAGCAAUCAAACCAGAUGAACUCGGAGAGCUGUUUUCGAAGGAAUGGACGAGGACGGCAGUGACGGACAUCGUCAAUAAGGGUAUUGGCCAUAUCACGCAAAGCCAUCUUCUUUGGAACCUAUUGCGUGACUGGGAGUUGGGGAUCCUUGAAUCAUCCUCCGCAUCUGAAAAGUACGUCGUCAUCAAAAAUAUUCGAAAGAAGAUCCUUACCCCUCAUCAGGCCUUCGCUUAUGCAGACGAUACUUUUCAAGCAUACUCCUCGUUCACAACUAACUAUAAACCCGCUAGCCAAUACGAGUCGCUGCUUGUCGCGGCCUCAAAAGUUAAAUCUCGGAUUCAGAAGGCGGUCGAGCGCAGGGAUCCUCAUGAGGAUGCAUUGAAUCGAAGUCGAAAUUCGCUCGAGGCCUUUGAGCGCUAUAUAGCCUACGAGCGGAAAGCGAAGUAUCCGGACUUGGCCAUAACAUCUGCCGUCUAUGAGAGAGCUAUCUCGGAGGCUGCGAAGAGGAAAUUUCAAGGAGAACCUGGCUCCGAGGAAGCUUUGAGAGCAUUUUGGGUGGGUUACAGCGAUGCGCUGAGGCUGCUGAAUACCGGUGAAGAUUUACAGGUAGACCUUUUCAAGCGGGCGGUACGUAGCGUGCCAGAAUGUGGAGAAAUAUGGGCUCGUUACAUCCGGUGCAUCGAGCGUUAUACUGAUCCAGAACAUAUGAAAGAAGAACGAAAUGUAGUAUCAGCUCUCUUCGUGCAAGCUUGUGAAGUACCUCAAUUGCUUCAGAAUAUCGAACAGUUAGUCGCCUUGAUACUUGCUCGUGCCGGAUUUGAAAAACGUCUUAUUGACCUCGGACUUUCUGAUGAUGAGACCAUCCCAACUUUGAUUGGAAUUCUGGAAAGCGGUAUCGACAUGGUACGAAAAACUCAGUCCGGUGAUCCCAGAUUGCGGUUAGAGAAUUAUUUGGUUGAACUAUAUCGAUUUGCUGGAGUCCCUGAAAGCUCUGUCGCUGUUUGGCAAUUAGCUGUAAAGCACUACAAGAAUAGUUAUUUUGUGUGGACCUCCUACACUGAUUGCUUAAUUAAAACGGACCGCCACGAUGAGGCUCGUAAGGUUUUUUCUGAUAUCGCUGCAAAGCAGAUCGAUUGGCCUGAAGCAAUUUGGGAAGCAUGGUCGUUGUUUGAGCACUUCCAUGGGUCAGUGGAACAAAUCGAGGCUUGCUUGGACAAGAUAGAGAAAGCUAGAUAUCAAGUAAAUAUCAGGCGUUUAAAGGAAGCUGAGAAAGCCAAUCAUCUUGCAAUGCAAGUGAUCGCUGAAUCCCAGGCAGCCCCAGCUCCUGUUUCCGAACUCGUAGCAACAGCACCCACGGAGGAUUCCAUGGAGGUCGAUGUUGCAAAUGGAUCGAGAGGGACAAAACGGGCCGCUGAGGACACCACAGAUGAAAAUUCCCACAAGAAGACCAAACUCGAACCUCCUCCGGCUCCUUUGAAGAGAGAUCGCGAAAAUUCAACAGUUUUUGUCGCUGAUAUACCCAACAACGUUACUGAAGAAGAGUUGACAAAUGUGUUUAAGGAUUGUGGGCGUGUUCGUGAAGUCAAAAUCACAAAGUUAUCCUCUGCUACUGUUGCAACAGUUGAAUUCAUGGAUCGAGAAUCUGUUCCUGCAGCACUGACAAAAGACAAGAAAAAAAUUAGUGAGCAAGAAAUAGCAGUCCAUUUGGCGUGGCAGUCCACGCUCUAUGUCACCAACUUCCCCGAGAAUGCAGACGACUCGUAUAUCAGAAAUCUAUUUGGGAAGUACGGUACCAUUUUCGACGUACGAUGGCCGAGCAAGAAAUUCAAAAACACAAGAAGAUUCUGCUAUGUACAGUUCACUUCACCGACCUCAGCUCAAGCUUCUUUGGAGCUACAUGGACAAGAGCUUGAGCCCGAUCGGGUCAUCAAUGUCCUCAUCUCUAAUCCUGGGCGCAAAAAAGAGAGAACGGACCAAGAUGCCAAUGACAGGGAACUACACGUUGCUGGUCUCAGCAAGCAGACCACGAAACAUGAUCUUCAGAAACUUUUCACCAAGUUUGGGCCAGUAAAGGACAUUCGGAUGGCAAUGGAUAAUGAUGGCAAAUUUCGAGGUUUUGCUUUUGUGGAAUUUGAAAAUGAGAGUCAUGCACGCGCUGCUCUUGACGCAAACAAUCAGGAGCUGAAAGGUCGACGGAUGGCAAUCACAAUCGCUGACUCGCGCGGGAAGUCAAGGCCACGAACAUUUGAUACUGAGCGUGGUCUUGGACGCAAUGCAGAACUCGCCAGUCGCUCUAUUCGUGUCAAAAAUCUUCCAGUGAGCACACAGGAAGGAGUUCUACAACAGAUGUUCGAAAAGUUCGUUUCUGUCAAGCGCUUGGAGCUCUUUGAAGAUGUUAACGAGGCUGUUGUUGAGCUGGAAAGUCCGGCUGAUGUGGGCAAACUUCUUCUACAACCGGAACCUAUCACUUUUAACGGAGCUUCUCUCAGACUCAUUGCGGAAGUUCCUGCUCCUCGCAAACCGGACGGUGACAGUCGCGCCGGAACGUUUAUUCCCCGGAAAACGAUAUCAAAACCUAGGGCGGGGCUUGGUCAUAAGCAAAAGCCUGCCACUCCAAUAAAUUCAGCGGGAUUUAUUGAAGCAAAAGCUAUGACGAAUGUGGACUCCACGUCGGGAGGUAAAAGUCAGGAUGAUUUUCGUAAACUACUUGGUGUUUUCGCAAUGGCAAACAUAGCUUUCAAAGCAAAUGCCUUAUUCGAUCUUACUGGUCGAAUUGCAAUGGUAACCGGGGGUGGUACAGGUAUCGGUUAUAUGAUUGCUAGAGGAUUAGCUGCGAAUGGCGCUAAAGUCUACAUCACUGGACGCCGUGCCGAUGUUCUACAGAGGGUCGUGGACACAACCCCUAAGACAGAAGGAGAGAUACUCGCACUCCCGAUGGAUGUCACGUCCAAAGAUAGCAUCUUACAGGCCAAGAGAGAGAUCGAAACGAAGGAAGGGAAAUUACACAUACUUGUAAACAAUGCUGGACAAGUUGGGCCUACGUCGCCAUUCCUGACUGAUCCCAAUGCACCUGAAGUCAAGGACGGAGAAAGUUUCGGAAGCGCAUUGUUUAAGGAAGAUCAGCAAGGAUGGUCCGAUCUUUAUUCGAUAAACGUAUUCUCGAUAUUCUUCACAACUACUGCGUUUUUGGGACUGUUGGAGAAAGGCACGAAAGAAUCCAACAUCCCAGGAUACACUUCUUCGGUCAUCAAUAUCACUAGUAUCAGCGGAGUGAUCAAGCUUGCACAGGACCAUUUUUGUUACAAUAGUGCAAAGGCCGCAGCUUCUCAUUUAACCAAGAUGCUAUCAACCGAGUUUGCACUUAAGAAAAUCCCAGUUCGCGUCAACUCUAUCGCUCCUGGAGUCUAUGCAUCUGAAAUGACUACCGAUACGAUAUCGGCAGAAGAAGUAGACAAGAUUGGAAAAGGUAUCACUCCUGUUCCAGCGCAACGGGAUGGCAGCGCUGAGGAAAUGGCUGGAACGGCUGUCUAUUUGGCUUCAAAAGCAGGUUGUUACAUGAAUGGUCAAGAACUCAUUAUAGAUGGUGGUUAUUGCGCGGUAAAUCCCGCAGUGGUUUAG